AUGGGUAGCGCUAGAGUGUCUGGAUCUGGAACUUCAGACAACAUGGAGGAAUGUUCAGCACAACCCCUACCAUCGUCACAGUUUCCGCGCACCCUGUACGUGCAUCCGGAGAGAAAGCAGAUCUUUUCGUGUUCUACUACUCCUUUCUAUGGGCAUGCAACGAUCAAGUGGUUCGGCGCGUUAACAGUUAAUGACGCCGAGUGGUAUGAUCUCACUAACUUGACUUCCAUCGCAGAGUUGAAACGCGGGGGCAUCAAUGGUGCCAGCUAUAUUAAGACGGUGUCCCUCCGCUUACCACCUGCGAAUUCGAUGAGACUCGGUGCUCUCCAAUGCCGAGGCUACCCCUCCGCUGAUGUGGAUUACACUACGCAUACCAGCAUUGUAGAUCAAGUAGCGCUGAAGCCAUAUGGUUCGUUCAUUUUUUGGUUUACGAAUUCACUUCUUUAA